UCGUAAUAAGUAAGGAAGUGAACUCGAAAGGAAGUAAAAGGAGAGAACAGAAAUUAACGAAGUGUAUUCUGAGGCGAAAGCAAAAAUGUCUUGCAACACGCACGUAGAUGCAAUGAAGAUAAACUAUGCUAUGACGGAGCCUGGGGAAGAGGUGGUGAUCUCCGGGAUUUCCGGAAAGUUUCCGAGCAGCAGCAAUAUGUCGGAGUUGAAAAAUAAUUUGAUGAACAAAGUGGAUCUCAUUACGGAGAACUUUUCGAGGUGGAAACUAGACCACGCGGAAAUUCCUAGGGACGGUGGAAAACUGAAGGAUUUGGAAAAAUUCGACGCGCUAUUUUUCGGUGUUCAUUACAAGCAAGCCCAUACUCUAGAUCCUAUGUGUCGGAUAUUGCUCGAAACUGCUUUCGAAGCAAUAAUCGACGCGGGGCUCAAUCCUAAAGAAAUCAGAGGGACGAACACCGCAGUUGUUAUAGGAUCUUGUAUCAGUGAAUCAGAAAAGACUUGGUUCUAUGAAAAAUUGCAAGCGAACGGUUUCGGUAUCACCGGAUGCAGCAGAGCGAUGUUGGCCAACAGAAUCUCUUACUUCUUCAAUCUUAACGGUCCAUCCUAUGCGAUUGACACUGCUUGCAGUUCAAGUUUAACUGCAUUAGAUCACGCUUACAGACUGAUGCGACAAGGAAUUUGUGAUACAGUGAUCGUCGGUGGCUCUAAUCUUUGUCUUCAUCCCUAUGUAUCUCUUCAGUUCGCGCGACUCGGUGUACUGUCCCCUGAUUGUCGAUGCAAAUCCUUCGAUUCCCGAGCAAACGGUUACGUCCGUAGUGAAGCGGUCAGCACUAUAAUUCUACAGAAGGCGAAGAAUGCCAAGAGAAUUUACGCCCAACUUGUCUAUACGAAAAGCAAUUGCGAUGGCUAUAAAGAACAAGGAAUCACAUUCCCUGCUAGCCAAGUGCAAAAAAUGCUCCUAACUGAUUUCUACCGGGAGUGCAAGGUAUCUCCUAACGAUCUGGCCUUCAUGGAGGCUCACGGCACAGGAACUAGAGUCGGCGAUCCUGAAGAACUAAACGCGAUCGAUAAAGUAUUUUGUCAGGGCAGAAGUACACCCCUCAAGAUUGGUUCCGUUAAAUCGAAUAUGGGUCAUACAGAACCUGCUAGCGGUCUCUGUUCAGUGGCUAAGGUACAUUGAUGAUAUGAUGUUUUAAAGGAUAAAUGAUUU